CAAAAAGCACUAGCUUUUCUCCAGCUUUGUUUUAUAUGUGUGUAUGCCGGUGCUGUUAGUACCCGGCUGUGUAACUCGAUAGGGGGCAUCGAGAGGGAUAAGGGAAUGUUGAGUUGCAAUGGAGCAGAGCGCGAUACAGUGGUUAGGUGCUCCCAGCUGCCUUCGGGGCUCCUUUGCCUUUUACAAGUCGGUGAGUUGCAGGCAGGAGUCGGGUGUUCCGCCUCAGGUCUGGAAGCUCGGGGAGUUUUACUUCAUGCGCUGUGGCCCUCAGGAGCCCGUUUGCAUAGCUGAGGUCACACUACUAUGGGAAGAUCAGACACAGCACCGCCUGCUGGCCAGUUCUAGACUCUACUUCCUACCUGAAGACACCCCAAAAGGCAGAGCGGUGGAGCAUGGAGAGGAUGAAGUCCUUGCUGUGUCGAGAAAGAUUGUUGUGAAAGUGGAGGAUCUGGUAAAGUGGACCUGUCAGGAACCGCCACAGUGGAAGCGCAGCAGUCAAAACAUAUACAGGUCUCACAAUUCUGAUGACUCACAAGAUGCUGCUUAUUCACAGGGAGGGAAAACGGAGAGUAAUGAUGAGUCUACAGCAGUACAGCAGAAGGUUAGAGUUCUCAGUUACCCUCAGUAUUGCCGCUUCCGAUCCCUCCAGAGACGCGUCCCUUAUCAGGCUGGCUGCCCUGGUCUGCAGGACCCUCUCCUGCUGGCUCUGGGGGGCAUAAAAGUGGCCUUUAACAACACACGGGUCCUUUACUGUCGAGAUACCUUCAACCACCCUACUCUUGACAGCAAUGCUAGUAUACUGACACAGAUUGGAUGUUCCUCUCUGAGUCUGAAGGGGCGACCUCGUAAAAGAAGAGUGGAUGGCUCUGAACAACAAAACCAUAACCAUUUAUCAGAGUCAUGGAUGGAAAGGAUGAAGGAAAAUGUGAUGGGCAGUGUAGAAAUGCAUUGGGACGGGAACUGGCUCCCACACCCAGAGGAGCAGCUCUUCCUGGAUCAGCUACAUCUCUUUAUGGAGCGCAGGGGUUCCCCCAUAAGCAAAGUUCCCAAUCUGGGUUUCAAAAAGAUCGACCUGUUCCUCUUGUAUUCAGUUGUGAAAAGGCUGGGAGGCUAUGAGAGGGUGACGUCGCAGCGUAUGUGGAAGGUCGUGUACAAUGAGCUGGGUGGAAGUCCAGGCAGCACCAGCGCUGCCACCUGCACCAGGAAGCAUUAUGAAAGGUUGAUGCUCCCUUAUGAAAAGCACAUAAGGGGAGAAAACCCAGAAAUUAGCAAGCCCAUGGCUACAUCAGUUUUACCAACCACCAUCAAAAAGACUGUACAAGGAAGAGGGGUGUCAGCCAGCCCAAAAAAGAAUGGGGUCACCAACCAGGAUUCACCACCAGAUGGUGGCAUUGUACGUAAAAGAGGACGACCACCUGGCAAACGUAAUGCUAAAGUUCUGCCAAAAGGCAGAGUUGGAAGACCACCCUUGUACCCCAAACCUCUCCCUGAGACAACAAGACCCCAUCAGGAGGUCCAGCCACUGUCUAUUUUCCAGGAACUAAAGCUCAUUAACCACCCUCAAGUCCAAGGUCUAACCCCCAUGUCCUCUACCCCUGUGUCCCACCAACUCGUACUUGGACGAGAUGUAAAGGUGGAGACCAUAGAUCCACAAGCUCCCUCAUUUCUGUCUGCACCUGUCAAGCUGAUGGCAGGUGGUUCCCUGGAAGGAUUCAGUCCCACCAAAGGACUGUGUCCGUUGGACCUCUUCCGAGCCCGCUUGCGCCUCAGUGGAAUUAGCAAUUAUGAGGUAACUACCCAAGAUUCUUCCACACACCACCAGACAAUUAUAGUCCAUCAGCCCAAAGUCAGCACGCCUGAGACCCCUGAGAACCUCCAGCACCAGUGUUCUGGGUGUAGCUUGGAUACCUCAUCCCAGAGUGGAGGUCUCGCAAUGACCAGAGCUCCCUUGCCACCUCUCCGGAUCCUCCCACUUGACAUUGGCUGCAGUCUACAGUUGCGUCAACUGAUGCGCACCCGUCUUGGGUCAGCACACAUGAACUCGUUCACCAAGCGACUCUCAGAGGUUCUGGCUCAGGAUCUUGGUAAGACCUCCCAAACUAAUGGGAACCUCCUCGGGAUUCAUCAAGAGCAAUCGCUCCCGCUCAACCUGAGCAAAAGAGCUAUCACAAAGAGGUCUGCUGGAGACAUGGAGCUGCAAAAUUUGGACUUGCAGUCUAUGACCGAGAAGCUAAAUGCUGAACCUGAGGUGGUGCUAAAGUGGAAUGGCACGUCCUUGCUGAUUCCAAUGACCCAAGAUGAGCCGGCUGACCUUAGUUCUCCCAAUAGGGCUAGAGCUUUGCGUCAAGACAGGUCAAGUGUGGCUCUGAAUCUCCCCGAAGCCACUUGUUUCUCUUUAAUGCCCAAACCGGAUGUCCCUUCUGAAAAGCCCUCCAGUAUUGGUGCCUCUCCUGAAACCCUACCUGGUAUUUAUCAUCUGAAACAAGGGGAAGACAAGAGCAGCACGAUCACAAUGACAAUUAAGAAAGAACCAGAGAUUACAUCUUUGGAUCCAGAUCUAGAACCUCAGCCAAACAGUGACCUCUAUCCUCAACGUAUACCUACUGAUGAUAUUAUAGUGGAGUCAGACACAGUUGCCUCUCUCAAAGUGCUCUCUAAUUCACUCCUUUCGAAGCCAUCACAAAGCUGUUAGCAUGCAAGCAUUGGAGAGCUUGCCUGCCUGUAACCUGCAUCAACAACUCUUAAUGCUAGGAUGUACUUCGUUAUUCUGUGUGCCAUUCCGUCUCCCCACGGUUGAGCUCUCAGCCUUUCAAAGUAUAUUCUUUUUGACCGCGAGCCAAUAUGGAUGCUUUAGAAGCAUGCACACUAAGACUGCUUUGUGAUAUGCUUUUAGCAGUCAAUGCCAGGCACAUGUGUAAAGAUGCGGAUUGUCUGCAUGUUUAGAAAAACUUGGAUGCACAUGGACAGUCUGCACUUCCUGUGCUGAUGAAGAAAUUUGCGUCACGCUCAAUUGUUAUUGCGGAACACCGAAGUAUACUUGGGCCUCGUGCUUUAUCGCUCCUUUCUCUCUUGCCUUUCUUAAGAUCCACAGCGCAUUUGUGUUGCGUAUGAUCAAAGAGACAGUUCUGCAGAUGCAUUGUUAUCUGCUCAGUACCUGCUUUUAAACACUACUAAACUUUGAACUGAUGCAGGUGUUCAACCAAAGAUAAAGUGCCUUGUAUAACUUGAUUACUUAAGUCUGCAUUUAAGUGCAAACAUGUGCUGUAGAUAGUGGAUCAUCAAGUCGGCAGCCAAUAAAGGCCGUCUAAUAUGCCUCAUGGAGCAUUUAAUGUCGUAUUUGAAAAAUACAGAUGUGACUAUUUUAGCAAAACAACUUCAUGAACACAAACAUUUGUGUCAGGUUACAGUUUUUUCAGAUCCAAAUGUCAAAAUGCAUAUGAUAAAAAUUUUCCUCAAUGUUAAAGAUUUGGUGAGCUAUUGAAUUUUUUUAAAUGCUCGUAAAUGCUUUGUUUUUAAACAGUGUCAUUGUGGGUGUAGGUCAUAUUUGCAGUUAUUAUUUAUCUGUUUCACUCCUUAAGAUUGCUUUGAUUUCUUGAGAUUGAUCUCAAUUUUAAUUUACUGUUCUUUAGCAGUGUGGUUUGUGUGUUUUGUGUCUUUACUAUUUAUGACAUGGAAACAAGAUCACCUCUGUGCUGGAUCCCAGCAUAUUUUUCUUGGCUACUCAUUUUAAAAGAAUGUACUGUACUGUUUGCAAAUUAUGUGCAUAUUUUGGGUCCCAAUGCAAAUGUCAAUUUUUCAUUUUUUGCAUUUGUAUUAAAAUAUAGUCGUAUGUUGUACAUAAUUAAUUUUUGUUUUCCUGAUAAACCAAUGGAUGGUUUACCAUAGACUUCAAUGAUGUGUUUACAGAGAGACUGAUGCAGAAACACAUGUUGUGAGAAAAUGGUUCACUUAAUUAGCUUUUCACUCCUUGCAAACAGACCUUUCUUAAUGCAAUAUAUUUUGGUGGUUUACAGAUGAUAAAUUAUUUUUAAUAAUUUACAAUCAAUUUGCUAUAAUGAACAGAAUUUUUUUUUGUGUAAAGCUCAUUUUAUGGUUCUUUAUUCUUUAUAUCUAUUGGGCUCCUUCCAUUUAUUACUGUUCUCGAAAGUCAACCAAACAGAACGCUACUCCUUAUUUAAUGGUGUAUUUAACUGUUAUAGUACCACCAGGUUACAAAAAGUGUUUUUCCUCAUCUUGCAUGCUUAUGCUAAUUGAACAUGGACUCUGUGACAGAUUGUCAUUGCAGACACAUGUUUAAACACUGAAUAUUUAUAAUAAUAAAAAAAUGCAAUUCUGAUAUGCUGUUACAUUUUGCAAGAAUAAAGCAGACCCUGACACUUAUUUAAUAUGGGAUCUACUUCAAACAGAGUAAAAAAAACAAAAAACA